CUGGGGGCGCGUCCUGAGUCGGGAAGCGAUUGGCUGCAAAGCCAAGGCGCCCCCUCGCCCAGCUUACAAAUGCCGCCAAGCCCGCGCGCCAAACUUCACUCCAACUCCGCCGCGCGCUUCUGUGCGUCUCCCUCGCCUUUGCGCUGAGGUGGCCUCGUGCCCCCGCCCGUUCUCUUCCUCUGCGACUGCUCUGGACGAGGCGUUUGCGCUUGGGCCGGCUUUGCGGGUGCUCCCAGCAAGCGGCAGGGAGAUGCCCUCAGCCUCGGCGCCAGCUGCUCCCUGGAAAAGCUUCACUUUGGCUUUGCUCUUAGCCACCGGCGGAGCGACUCCCUUGAGACGGAGACCACAGCUCUCCUUUCCUUCACUAAAGCAGAAAUGGGAAGAAUAUCGGCUUCAGUGUUUGGAGUAUCUCCAUGAAACACCCCCUCUUAUGGCAGAAGACAAGUUCUGCAACAGGACAUUUGAUGAAUAUGUGUGUUGGCCUGAUGGUGUGCCUGGCACUUAUGUGAAUAUGAGCUGCCCUUGGUAUCUUCCAUCAGCAGGGCACGUUUACCGCUUCUGCACACUUGAGGGCACAUGGCUGCUGGAGGAGAAUUCCACCAAUCCCUGGAGGAACAUAUCUGAGUGUAUGGCUCCCAGCGAAGGUUCACCAGAAAGCCACAUGCUAUUCCUUUCUAUCAUCUAUACCACCGGAUAUGCUCUUUCCUUCUCUGCCCUUGUCAUAGCAACUGGCAUCCUGCUUGGGUUCAGGCAUCUGCAUUGCACCAGGAACUACAUUCACUUAAACCUUUUCACCUCAUUUAUCCUCCGUGCUAUAUCCAUCUUCAUUAAAGACUCUGUGAUAACAUGGAUGUACAGGACAGCUCCUCGUGAACAAAAGUGGGAGAAUUUAUUCUCUUAUCAGGAGUCACUUAGCUGCCGCUUGGUCUUUGUAAUGAUGCAGUACUGUGUGAUUGCCAAUUACUAUUGGCUAUUGGUGGAAGGAAUGUACCUGUAUACACUGCUAGCAUUAUCAGUAUUUUCUGAGCAGAGAAUCUUUCGACUCUACCUUUCCAUUGGCUGGGGUGUGCCAAUGCUGUGUGUUAUCCCCUGGGGAAUUGUCAAGUACCUUUAUGAAGAUGUGGGUUGCUGGAACAAGAAUCUUAACAUGAACUACUGGCUGAUCAUCAGGCUACCCAUCCUUGUUGCUAUAGGGGUAAAUUUUCUGAUCUUUAUCAGGGUUAUUUGCAUUAUCAUUUCUAAGCUGCAAGCCAACCUGUUGCGCAAAACAGACAUAAAAUGCAGAUUGGCAAAAUCUACACUGACUCUGAUACCUCUGCUGGGGACACAUGAGAUUGUCUUUGCUUAUAUUACUGAUGAGCAUGCCAAAGGAAUGCUGCGCUUUGUGAAGCUCUUUUUUGAACUCUCCUCCUCUUCUUUUCAGGGCCUUCUGGUUGCAAUUCUCUACUGUUUUAACAACAGUGAGGUUCGUACAGAAUUUCAGAAAAGCUGGGAGCGCUGGAGAUUAGAGCACUUUUAUGUCCGGAGAGACAGCAGCAUGAAGCCACUCAAGUAUCCAGCCAACAGUAUAAGCAGUGGGGGUACAGUGGGAAGCACAGUCUAUGCUGCCACUUGUCAGGCCACAUUCAGCUAAGAUUUCUGUGGAGGCAAGUGUAGAGGAGUCUGACCAACUGACCUGAACUGUAAAGGUACAAUUGAAUGGCCUUGAGUAUCCAGCCAGAUUUGAUUGCAUGAUGCCUUGGGAAGACUUGAACCUCCAUUGUUCAUUGCUGCAGGCAGCUGGACAAGCUUUCAAAAUAAAGCAACCUACUAAUAUAAUCAAUCUGUCUGAGGCACCGAUGUCCUCUCUAAAGUGAGUUUAAAGAGUUUCUUCCCAAUUAUGAUCAGAGGCUUCCAGGUGACCAGAGCCUAAACACUUCAUUGACACAGUCACAAAGCUUGAAGUUAAUAGCUUACUAGCGUAGGUGGAGAAGUUGAAAGCUUUAUUGAUUAUAUUACAAGGAUGCAGCUGAUUAAUACAAAUGAGAAAAAACUUCAUUGGGAAAGGUAAGACUAACCUUUCCCAUGGUUAGAAAUAGUUAUAAUCUGCAGAUGCAUUUUAAGCCUUUCCAGGUGGCAGCUUUAUUAAAUAACAAAUACGCAGUCAUUUGAUUCAGGUGUUUUCACAACCAGCGCUUUUGUUGUAGGGAAAUAACAUUUCCCCUGUAAUCAAACUGCAAUAUAUUCACUGUGAUGUUUUCACAGAGUAAGUAUAACGUGUUCUCUACUGCUAUGAGUUCCCACUGCUAUGAGUAUGUACAUUUUAUAUAUAUAUUUAGAAAAUGAAUCUAGCAAACAGCAAUUUUACACCCUUACCCUUUUACAUAUCUUUCCCCCCCUUCAAAAAUAGUGCAUGUUAUGUAUCUUUUUUGCAGCAUUGGAGCCCCUCUCUCCCUCCUUUUUAAAAAAAGCAACAUUGUAAAGAGGCAGUCUCUCUGCAGCAUGGCAAUCCUUCCCUGACCCAGCAAGCCUGUCUUACUCAUCAUUGCUUGGGAACAAGAUAUUACACUACUAUCACUGAAUCCACCUUGUAUUACUGUAAUAUUAAGAAUAGAAAUUUAACUGUUUUUAUCAUCUGGAAAGGCUUGAAUUAUGGAACUGUUCUUGUGCCAUUCAAACAAAGCAGCUAUGUCCAUGGUUGAAAUACCUAAAUACUGAAAAAAUUGGGGAUAUGUUGCCUUUUGUUGCAUGCUCUCAAAAGUUGUUAAGAAUAAUUUUUCAUUUGAAGAAAUUUAAUCUAGGUACACUUGCCUCUUCUUCUCCAGGUGAGAAUGCAUGCCCUUUCUGUUAUCAUUAAUGUCAAACGUGCCCAGUACUCUUCUAGUCUUACCUCUUACAUAGCCCUUUAUUGCUUCAGAAGGCUGCACAAAUACUAGUAUGAAGCAAAGUUGCUUGCUGAUGUGUUUGACAGGGAGUAAAGGUAUUAUCCUCUGCCCCCUGUAGGUACAGAGGCAGAGAAACAGAAACAUGGAAUAAUGAUACAUAGACUAACAUCUGUGGAGACACACAUAUAGACUUUAAUCUUUUGGCACUCUAAUUGUUUGUGCACAAGAGUCUUGACAUUUAGCAUAAUCUACUUUUCCUUAUGCCUACUUUUCCCUUUCUUUUUCAAAUGUCUUAUAGCUGUAAGACUGUUUACGCUAGAUGUUGAAAACAAAAACAGCUUAGUUGAGCUGAUUCGGUAACUACGGUAUAUUUUCAGCACUUAGGUCAGCUCACUAUUCUAUGCUAAAACCAGCCAGAUUUCUUGCUGUCAAUAAGCCUUUGAAAAUCUUAGCAAAUA